AUGUCGUUUCUCACCAAGCACCUUUUUCAGCUGCCUGCCAAGCGAGCCUUGACUACCAUGUCGUCUUUUUCGCCUUUGAAGAUGGGUGUGAUUCGCUCACCAUUUAUACAGGCUGCCAGCACUAGCAUGGUAGAAAAUUCAGUGCCUACUUUCUCAUACCUAAAUGCACUGUUUGGGUUGACUCAAAGAAGAUGGAAAAGCAGAGGUAACACUUACCAGCCGAGCACGUUAAAGCGUAAAAGAAGAGUUGGGUUUCUAGCGAGAGCCAAGAGUAAGCAAGGCUACAAGAUUCUCAAAAGACGGAGAGAAAAAGGCAGAUGGUACCUAACGCAUUAG